CUAGAUUAGGAUAGCUUCAUUUUUCCCAUCCCUCCCUCUCGUUUCUCUUUUCCCUCUUCUGUUUUUCGCUCUCUCAUAUAUACGAGAGAGACAAGAGCCCCACAUUUGACAAAUACAAAUAUACUACCAACCACUACUACAGCCAUGGCAUCCGCAGGCAGCAGGAAGAAGAGCCCCGGCCUCCUGGAUCAGAUUGGAAAGUUCUUUGAAGGGGACAAGAAGAGGAAGAGCAAGGGAUCUUUCCGAGGUGCUCUCUCUCCAGGCCCUCAGAAAGCCUCUGCGUCUGCCCCACGCAAGCGCGGAGCAGAGAACGCCGUGGUCCACUUCUUCCGCACGAUCGUGUCCCCUGCCCCUCCCAAGUCUAGGUGGAGAGGACUAGCAGCCAAGAUGGGCCUGGGCGACCAGAAGUCACAGUCUGCUAAAGCCAAGAAGGCCAGUGCAGGGGACGGCAAAGGCUCCCUGACUAGGAUCUUCAAAAUGUGAUGAUAUCAGCAGCGGAGGAAGCAGGAGCGCUUCUCCAGCCAAACGCUGAAGUCCCUCUCUACAACCCCUUCCAACAGCACGAGGGCAGAUGUUCAAGAUCACGGGGCUAAAGUGUUGAAAAAGAGGAAAAAAAAGAAAAGGAGGAAAUCUUGCCACCCCCUCCCCCCCCCCCUCCCCUUAAACUCACCGUCCCCUCCACCGCUGAUAACACUCUAACGUACGCUAAAUCCCUCUUCUCCUCUAUUACCUCCCCAUACCCUUUGGCUGGUAGAUAGCGACACAAUCUGUUGCCCCCCCCCCACACACACCCCCCCUUGCAUGCGUUGUGCUGAGUCUGUGCAGUCAUCAUCAUCAUUAGCGUGAACUUUUUGCUGAAAUUGAUCCCGAAGCCGCUCACAUGUGCAGCCCGAAUGACCCCGGAAUGACCCCCACUCCCGCAAUGGCUCUCUGUACUCAUGCUUGAGUUUCUGUGGACGUCUCCGAUGGUUCCUCUAACAAAAAUGGUGGCUGAACCGAAGCACGCCCGGAGCAGGUGAAGGAUUGCGGCCGGUGCGAGUCCGACUGACUCGACCGCCAUUGCCGCUUGCUGAUUGGGUGAAAAGGCCCGGGCCGUUUGGUUGUUUCUGUUUCUUUUAAAAAGAGCGGUUUUCUGUCUCGUCUCACUGUCUUUGUCAUUCCCUCAGAACGUUUCUUUUUUUUUUUUUGUGAACCCAAACAUAAACCUGUGUUUAACAGAUUUUGACGUUGUCAUGAGAGCCAUUUUGGUCACAGUGUGUUUUCAUUCAACCUUUGUGUCUUAGCUGUAGUUUAAGUGUCCCGUUCUAAAUGUGAUGUUUGUCAUUAGGGCCUCAGGCUAGCUGUGGAUUUAUUUUGUUAAAAAUGUCUUUCCUAAACCGUCUAAAUCAUAUGUUCUGCAAUAGUCACUCAAAGAAAAGUCAUUUCUAAUGUAUCAUUUAUUUUUCAGUCCAUGAGGUAAUGGUAUGCGCUAAUUUUCCUCUCCACAUAUAUGACUGAAUAAUUUUGUAGUGCACUGUUUUCCACCUUUAAAAACUGCCAGACUUUGGAGGGUGAUGUUGUUGCUUGCAGCAUGAUGCCAGAUUCAGACCUUUCUUCUUCGCUUUAGUGUAGUCCAGGUUUCUCCUUCGUCUUCGCUGUUUCUAUCUCAUGCACGGAAAGCGUUACUGUAAAUUAAAUUCCAAAACUCCUCGCUCAACAACAAGUGCCUUUCCUCCUGACUACCAAAACAAUGUGCUGUGUUGCCUUUUUGUGGAUAAUAAAAAAAAAAAAACACAAACACAAUUUCAAAAAGGUGCUCUGUAACUAACUCUGUAGUGGCACAUUAUAAGGUGUAUCUUGGGAAUGUGUAAGUUGCAAGUUUUCAACAACAACAAAAAGCUCAGCACUACCACUGGUGCUGUUCAAAACAUCCAUCUUGUAUAUGUUAAAAAAAAAAAAAAA